AUGGAGCUGUGCUUAGCUUUACAAACAAAUGCCAAUUGUAACUCUGAUAUUCAACGCAAGUGCUGUGGAUACAAUG